UAAAAAUCCGGUAACCUCGUAAGCUUUAUUGAUCAAACUUCAAAUAAAUAAAAUCAAAGUAAAAUGUCUUUUGAAUCAUGGAUCAAUCUUAUAAAAGAAGCAGAAAAAACGUCCUUGAUAAAUGGAAAUGUAAGAAAAAUUCAUUAUAAAUUUAAAAAUGGAAAAGAAAUGGUUGAAGAAUAUAGUUUGGAAACAGGAGUAAUACAAAGGCGAGCAUGGAAAAUAUGCAAAGAGUUAAUGGGAGAUCCAGUUUGGGAUAUUGAAUUAGGUGAAGUUAUGAAUGUACCUUUAACACAAGAUCAACAAAAUUUAGUUGUUAGAGAAUCAAAUACAGAACCAAUUUUAACUAAGCGAAUAACAAAAAAGAAUAUUGAGUGGCGUAUCAGAAAUCUACCAUAUCCAAUUGAUAAUUAUAUUGUUAUAGCUGAUGCUGAUAAAAAAUCAAUCAUAGUUAAAACAAAAAAUAAGAAAUAUUACAAAAUUAUUGACAUUCCUGAGUUGAAUAGAUGUAACACAUCACCAGAUCAAGAGAAUAUAACGAUUCAUCACCAAUAUAGUACAUUGAUUAUAACAUAUAAAAAACCUAAAAUAUUAUGUGAAAUGGAAGUCGCUGUUCUUAAAGUUUUACAGGAUGUUGAAACGGAAACUGAUAUGGAAGAUUUAAUGAAGGAACUUAUGCAAACAAGAAAUCAAUAAAUCGAUGUGAA